UAGAAUCCAGCAAGUCUUCUUAAUUUGUUCUAAACUCUUAAUUUUCCUUCAAUGACUUCCUCUAUAGUUCAGUUAAUCUUUUUCUCCUUGACAAUUUUCAUCUCCCUUGUUAACGCAUCAACAAAACCCAAAGCCCUAAUCCUCCCACUCUCCAAAGAUGCCAGUGGUAGCACGGUCCAAUACCUAACCCAUUUUAACAUGGGAACCCCUCCAGCCAAGAAAAAUUUUGUAGUAGACCUUGGAGGUAAGCAUUUAUGGAUGGAUUGCGAUAAUGGAUCGUAUUUAUCAACCACAAUCAAGCACGCCCGUUGUGGAUCAGCUCCAUGCUCUGUGGCUAAUGCUCCUUGUACUGGUGGAUGCGUAUCUGGUCAUCAUAAACCAGGUUGCAGCAACGAAACUUGCUCUUUCUUAACGGUGAACACAAUUCCAGCCGAAGGUUCUGGUUAUGAUAAUGGAUAUGUUUCUUUAGACAAAAUUUCCCUCCAAUCCACUGACGGUUCUAAAUCCGGCCCAUCCGUCACAAUUUCUGAUUUCAUCUUUGGUUGCUUAGACACCCGCGAGCGCCUAAGCAAUCUUGCUAAAGGUGCAGACGGGAUGGUUGGUCUAGGAAGGGAAAAAAUUGCACUAGCAGUUCAACUUUCUUCUGCAUUGGGUGGAAGCCUUCGGCGUAAAUUUGCCAUAUGCUUGCCUUCUUCUUCCAAAUCCAAUGGUGUCAUGUUUUUCGGUGAUUCUCCUUAUGUAUUCUAUCCAGGUUAUAAUGAAUCAAAAGCCAUUGAUGUAUCAUCGAGAUUCACUUACACAAAACUGUACAUCAACACGGAGUUCACCGGAUCAUCCGUCGUAAUACGAGGACCACCAUCGCCGGAGUAUUUCGUCAAGGUCACUUCCAUUUUAGUAAACAAAAAACCCAUUUUCAUAAACUCAACCUUUCUUGAAUUCCAUAGGAAUGGGAAAGGCGGAGCAAAAAUAUCGACAGUAGAACCUUACACCAAACUGGAAACCACUAUUUAUAAGUCCCUCGUCAAGGCGUUUGAUGAGGAGAUUGCAGUUUGGAACGUGACUAAAGUGGCUUCGCCAGUCGAACCUUUUACAGAUUGCUAUACGAUAGGUCGUAUGGGUAUGACAGGUCUUGGGAUUAGUGUUCCUGAUAUCGCAUUUGAGUUUGAGAACAAGAAGAAUGUGUACUGGGAAAUGUAUGGAGCUAAUACGAUGGUACAGGUGAAUCGCGAUGUAGUGUGUUUAGCUUUCUUGGAUGCAGGUGAUGAGCCUGUCAUAACUACACCAAUAGUGAUAGGGGCACACCAGUUGCAGGAUAAUCUUCUUCAGUUCGAUCUUGCUUCUAACAGGCUUUCAUUUACUUCUACACUUCUCUGGGAAGAGGUGGAGUGCUCCAACUUCAAAUUCUAGGAAAUGUGUGGUUCUGUUACUGUUAUGCAUUGGUAGAAUUUGUGAGGCUUAUUUGUAAUUUGGUUGUGUUGGAUUUGUAUAUUAAUAAGUUCGCUGAGUUUGAUACUUUGAUUAGCAAUUGAACUAAAGUCUUAAUUUUGUUUGUGUACAUAUGGCAGUAUUUAUCUAUAAAGAAAUGGGAUGGAAAUUUUUUUUCUGAA